UCGUGUGCGUCGUGGGGCGGUAGGACUACAAAUCCCUUGCGCUUACCUGCGCCGCGCCGCAUGCGUACUCGGGCACAUUCGUCUAUAAAGGAGCGAGGGCUCACUCUGUUUCCCAGUAGUUUUUGGUGAGGGUGAAAGUGGCUGUGCUGAGGUGUGAGUGACAGCAAGGGGCACGAAGGAGUUAAUGCUAGUUGAGCGGGUGGAAGCGCACAGCCAUUCUUCCCAACUUCAGGAGACAUCAUGAAAAACGGGCGUCUUUCAUUCACACUUGUCAAGUCGGCCGCCAACUUGUUUCGACUAAGCAGGGAUGUAAAAAUUGUCAAAUAGCCAUAGCGUUGUAGACGAAGUGGGACGAACUUGACGGAAGGCAGGAAGGACGGACGGACGGACUUUGUUGUUGUUUUUUUGAUUGCUUGGGGGGGGUGCAGUCACGCCCCCCUCCCCCUUUUGUCGCCUGCUGGAAGGCAUCAUGUCCAAACCUCGCGAUCAAGAGGAGAGCCGCGGCGAAGAGGCGUCAGGCGGCCGAGCAGGUGGGAGUGUUGUGCCCGGGCAUCUCCCUGCCGUCGACGAGGGCGGCACUAGGGGGCGCGCUAGAGAAGCUCCCCCGCCACACAGCGCGAGCAACAGCUGCGGCAACAGCAGUCCUGCGCGCGAGCCGAGGCAGGGGGGCGAGGAGGUGUGUCUCGGCGACUGGGCAGGAAACGUGCAUCCAGCCGCCGGCCACGGCAACCAGGGCCCGCCGGAGGCGCGACAGCUGGGCAAGAAGAAGCACCGGCGGAGGCCUUCCAAGAAGAAGCGGCGCUGGAAGCCCUACUUCAAGCUGUCGUGGGAGGAAAAGAAGGAGCUGGACGAGCGGGAGACGGCCAGAGCGUCGCGCCUGAGAGAGGAGAUGUUCGCCAAGGGGCUGCCGGUGGCGCCCUACAACACCACGCAGUUUCUGAUGGAGGACCACGACCGUGAGGAGCCCGACCUGAAGCCCGAGCUGUGCGCGCGCCGGCCGGCCUGGGCCAGUCGCUCGGAGGACACCGCCAGCGAGGAGGACUUUCUGGACCCCGACGAGGAGGACGAGAGCGGCGGCAGCGACGGGAUGGGCCAGGUCGGGGGUGAGUUUCUGCAGCGGGACUUCUCCGAGACGUACGAGCGGUACCACGCCGAGAGCCUGCAGAACAUGAGCAAGCAAGAGCUGAUCCAGGAGUACCUGGAGCUGGAAAAGUGCCUGUCCCGUCUGGAGGAGGAGAACAACCGGCUGAGACUGCGCCUCGGGAGCGCUGCGCCGCUGCCCCCUUCCACGGCCGGCUGCCCCCGGGUGCGUGAACUGGAGACCGAGCUGGAGAGGUUGCGCGGCCAGAACAGAGAGCUGUUGCGGGAGAACGACGAGUGGAGGCGAGAGAGGGGCCUGCUGCCCUCCGCGGCGGCGGGGUGGUGGUGGCGGCGGCGACGACGACGACGACGACGACGGGGGACUGAUCCUCGCGAAUGAGCGGGCCGGCCGGCCGGCCGCGACAGGGCACGAGUAUCCGAGCCGAAGGGCCGCCCAUGUAAGUACGGUAGUUCAUUUUAUAAAUCCGGUCUUGUCUUCACGCUCCAGGGAUUUAUAAAUACAACUACUCGACUCGGCCACUUGCUCGGUUUCGUUGCAUUUUAUCGCAAUACUUUUGUACUUUUUAUUCAUUGUCAUUUUUUUUUUUUUUUCUGCUUUGGACUCCAGAAAAGUUUCAAGAGUUGAGACUUGAAAGGAGAAAAAGAAACUUUCCAUAAAUAAUGUAUAUAUUUUUAAAAAAAAGAAAUUGAAGCUUUUUAUGAGAACAGAAUUACUAAAGAAUCCAUUGUGUAUUGUUGCUGACCCAUUUUUAUUUUUUUUUACUCUUUGUUGUGGUCUGUUAACGUGAACCUGACCCCCCCCCCUCCUCCGUUUGUCCGUUGAGCCCCCCGCUUGUUGCCCCCACCCAUGCUCAUCAUUUUGUAAAUAUUGUUCAAUAUGUAUUCAUAUCUAUAAAUGAACCUAAUGAGG